AUGCUUUACAAAUUACCAACCCAUCCAUCAAUAAUAAGCCAGGACCCCCUAGAUGCUCUGGGCUGGGACAAUGCGGAUCAGGACCCAGUACAAGCUGACGUGAUUGAUGCUCUGCUUCGUAAAGCGAGCAGCAGCAUCGAAGAAGCAGGCAAUGCUGGUGCCCUACCGAAGCUCAUUGAAGAUCCCUCAUGGACGAGUCACGGAAACGGGAAACUAGAAACUCGCGGUUUGAAGCAGUUCCUCCAAAACGCAAAGAUUUCCAAUUCGGCUGUUCGGUCUGUGAUAAAUGCUGCACGACAAAUGCAAGAUCUAUUCCCUGACCACGCUAUUCAAACUAUUGAGAAUGCCGGGAAUAAUGCAACGCUCAACGCAGUGCAAGUGAAUAGCUUACUUGCUCAUCAAGUCCUUGGGAGAGCUGUCGCAAACAGCAAAGGCUACUUGGGGAAUACCCUGCUUCACUGCAUGAAGAGAUUACCUUCUCGCAGUCAGUCCUUCAGUCAUUCGAACAUCGCUCUUAGGAACGGCCAGGUCAGGUCAAGUCAAGUCAGCGGCUGCAGAAUGGAGGCGCAAAACAACUGCUCGCAGAAUGAUACGGCGUGCCUGCCGGGAGGGUCGGACGGCGGCAGCACUGAGGUCGAGAUGGGAUUUUCGACGCAGCUUGACCUCGACCAAGAGAUGUUAAAGGCCGAGAACGAGGUCAUGGCAACGGAAGAAGCACUUGCGGCAGACGGUGGCCGCUUUGAGCCAGCUCCACAGCUGUACAAGACGCCAAUUACGAUUCUCUUCGGAUUCGAGCUUGAGAACCAGUUCGUAUGUCAUCUCGAAAUCCUAAGCUGCUACUCCACGAAAAUUGCUCAAGAGUUCGAAGAUCAUAAGGAGCACGGAAUCCAAGUCUCCAAAGCGAAGAUGAUGGAGCAAAGGCUUGAGGAUUUACUAUAUAAAUUUCUCGACGAGGAGGACAUCGAAUUGCGGAAAGACAUUUCGCACGAGAUGAUAGAACAACUUCACCUGAUAAUCAGACACUAUCCGAUGGUCAGCCUACGCGACUCUCUGAGAGACCAUAUGGCGGACAUCUUGUGGGCUGUGUUUGCGGAUAACAAAUGUCACAAGGACUCAUCGUCAGCAUCCGCGACAAGGAAAAAGCUUCAAGGUCAGUCUCUGUUCCAACAGACGCAGCAUCUAAAUUUGCAUGGCCUGGAAGCCUUCACGAUACGUGUCAAUUUACUGCUCGAUCGGAUUAGGUUGAGCCACCAGAAGAAGGCAAAGAAGAAUGUGAACGUCGCGUUUGCUGACAAUCAGAUCCUACUUCCAAACCACGAUGAAAGCACCGUGUACACAGUCAUCCACUGGGUCUAUAACCAACAGCUUCAGUACAAUAGCGGGAAGGAGCUAUGCAGAACGUACGACCUUGCAGAGGCACUGGGAAUGCAUGUGCUAGCAGGGCAAUGCCUCCAUAUUCUCGAGGGUGCAGCCAUUGCCGCCAUCCAAGAUGCUAAGAAUAGAGGACUCUCGAUCCGGACCGUCAUGGAGAACGACGCGAAAUAUUCGAAGAGCCGGACACCAGGCCACCCAAGCAACGGUCGAGAUCAUCUAGCCGACAUCGUGUCUGCGGUGUUCUACAGCGUCCUCGCGUCGAAGAAUCCGCCGCCUAGUCUGGAGAGAAUCGUCGUCGACACAGUUGCGAGCUCACUCGAUCCGGCUUUCUAUGAGUGGUUGAGGCCCAUGGCGUCGGAACUCAUGAAGGACAGGAUAAUCACUGCCCUGAUGUCUCGACCGUUUUGA